AUGGCGAUCGAGCACGACGACGGAACGAAGGUGGUGCAUUACACCAACGAGGAUACACCGUCCUCACCCUCACCCCCGGUGUACGAGGAGGGCAGCGUCCAAGAAGACAAUGCCUAUGUCUACGAUGAUUCGCAGAAGCUGGGAUACACGGCGACAGUGUUUGUCAUUCUGAACAAAAUGAUCGGCACUGGAAUUUUCUCAACACCUUCUGGUAUUUUUGCCGUGACGGGAUCGGUCGGAGUAUCGCUUUUUCUCUGGAUUAUCGGCGGUGUCCUUACUUUUUGCGGACUCUCAGUCUUCCUAGAAUUUGGAUUGGCAAUCCCCCGCUCCGGUGGCGAAAAGAACUAUCUCGAGCGCGUUUACCGCCAUCCCAAGUACAUGGCAACAUGUGUGCUGGCUGCGCAGAUGUUGCUUCUUGGAUUCUCAUCCGGAAACUCCCUGGCUUUUGGUCGUUACAUCCUCUUUGCGUCCGGUUCAGAAGCGCCUGACGGUUGGGUGGCACGUGGAAUUGCCGUUGCCUGCGUAACUUUCUCAGUAACUCUGCAUGCUGUUUUGCCAAAAUGGGGCAUCCGCCUUUUUAAUAUCCUAGGAAUAUUCAAGGUCUUCAUUCUUUUGUUCAUCGUCUUCUCCGGCUUCGCUGCCCUUGCCGGUCACCUGAAGAUCGACAAACCGAACAACUUCGAUAAUGCAUUCCGCCUAGAGGUCGGCGACGGAUACGGUGGAGGAGGCGCAUACGGAUACUGUCAAGCACUUCUUCGCAUCAUCUACUCAUACAAGGGCUGGGAGAACGCCAACUACGUCCUCGGAGAAGUCAGGAACCCCAAGAAGACUCUUAGUUGGUCCGCGCCUCUUGCCAUCGGUGGAACUACGAUUCUGUACGUGCUUGCGAAUGUAGCUUACUUUGCUGCGAUCCCCAAGUCCGACCUCGCAAAGAGCGAAGUCAUUGUCGCUGGUCUCUUCUUCCGCAAUGUCUUCGGUAACAGCGCCGGAGCACGCAGUCUUCCGGCUUUCGUCGCACUCAGCAAUCUGGGUAAUGUUCUUGCGGUCAGCUUUGCGCACGCUCGCUUGAACCAGGAGUUUGCAAAGGAAGGAUUGUUGCCUUGGAGCCGAUUCUGGGCGUCGAACAAGCCAUUCAAUGCUCCUGCGACUGCUUUGUUCCUGCACUGGCUCAUCACCGUCAUCGUCCUGGUUGCUCCUCCCGCUGGACCCGCAUACAACUUUAUCACGGAUCUUUACACCUACCCGGGCGCCUGGAUCAACGGUUUCGUCACAGCAGGUCUCAUCUACCUCCACUACACAAAGUCGGAGCGCUGGGAGUCUCCAUGGCACACCUACCUUCCCGUUGCUCUGCUCUACUUGGCCGCAAACAUCUUCCUCGCGAUCGUCCCUUUUAUCCCACCGGAUGGCGAUUGGAAUGCCGAAGGCUACCCAUACUACGUAUUUCCUGUUGUCGGUGUCAGCGUACUACUCCUGGGUGUAUUCUACUGGACCUGCUGGACAAAGCUAUGGCCAAAGCUCGGAGGCUACAAAAUCGUCAGCCAGCGAUACGAAGAUGCCCAGGGCAACGAGCAUAUCCGAUAUGUCAAAGUGUACACCAAACACGACUAA